UAAUUUUUUUGUUAUUAGACUCUUUAAAUCAAUGUUGGAGUUAGAAUUCCUCAAGAUCAAAUACGAGCGUCAAGGUUGGAACAGACCAGGGACUAAUAUGCUAUCUAUUGCAGCGUUUGUUUUACAACAGAUCAACUGGUUGAAUACCAUUAACGUUGCUGUUGUUCAAGAGAAACUUUGAAAGAAAAAUCAAAAUGAGGCGUAAAACUUGUCUCCUCUUUAUUUUUAUUCUUUGUAUUGAACAAAUAUCUUGUCUUGGAUUGAAAACCAACUGCUAUGUGGAGGGUACCUCCUACCAGGCAAUAUGUACAUGUGGGGGAGAGUAUAAAUGGGGAGAAAAUGGUGGUGGUAGAUUUGGAGUGGAUCUUUUCAAGCAAAUCAUCUGGUCUAGUGGUUCAGAGAACAUUCAAGAUUUGAAAACCAUUACCUAUGAGGGCUGCAACUCUAAUUCAAUAUUCACAUUGGAUCUUGAUGCUAAAUAUCCCCAUGUUAAUCUCAUAGAGUUCAAAAAUUCAGGUCCUGUUAACAUCUACUUCAGAGGAAGUGUUGACAAAGGAAAUCUGACCAUAUUGUUUAAAAAUAUUCAUGGUUCUGGUAAACUACAUUUUGGAGCUGGAUCUGUAGUACUCAGAGGAUCCCUGGACUACUGUGUGCGUCCCUGUGGGGCCAAAUUCCCAUUUGAAGAGGAUAAAAGGCCAGUUCCUCCUGGACUUGAAAAAAAUACAUGCAACGUCUGCACAGCAAAUUCAUUUCUCAAUCUAAAGUUCAAGACAGUGGAGCAUGUCAUGCUCCACAAUUUAUUCAUUGGAGAAUAUGAAGAAGGUCUUAGUGGUGGCACAGUGAUUAAAGCUGAUGAUGUUCAGACCUUCAGGGUUGAAGAUGGAUCAAUGAGACAAGUUCAAAAUGCUGGAAUCGACGCUGGUGGUUGUUGGAACGGUCGCAAUGAAUGUAGUUGUUCAGAUGUUCUUGGUACUGAAUACAGCUCUGAUAGUUCAAUAAUUGGGUUACCUAUUGUGGUUGCCAUCUUGGUCUUGAUAACUAUAGCUAUCGUCUUUGGUUUUGUAAUUCGUAAAGCUCUUAUGAACAGAGGAACUGCUGUGCCAACCAUAGAAAUGGCUUAAUUUUAGUUUUUGCAUUUAAAAUGCUGAAUUUAUAUAUGCUUAAAAAGGCCUUUGCUUUGCAUGCUUCUUAUACAAUAUACAUACACUCAUACAUACUAACCACGUUUACCUUCUAGUGAUCUGAAAAACCUUUGUGAGCUUAAAGAGUUGGCUCUAAAACAACUUGUAUACAUUAAUAUGUGUUAUGAACACUUAAAAGAAUAAAGUAUUUUCAGUACAAAUGUAAAUUUUACUGAUAUUUAACAUUGGUAAGUAUAUAUAUUCUCCAAAAUUCACAAACUUUAUAUUUCCUACCAAUAAUUCCCCACAAGAAAAAUUUAUUUUAUUAUUUGAUUAGGGAAUUUAUUAAUGAAAAUAUAUAUCCCUGCUUGUAAUUCUGGCAAAAUAUUUGUUGGUGUCUCUUAUAAGCAUCAUUAAUACAUUUAUCUUGAAAAUUAGAAUGACAAUCCUGUAGAUUUCAAUACAAUUUAAUUAAGCAAAUUUAAUAUUGUCUUCUAUAAAUCGUAAAAUAAAAACUAGAACGGCACGAGGAAAAAAGAUUGGUGAACGUUCUCAUAGAUCUUCUUCUGGCGAAAAAAACCGACCCUGAGGAGAUUUUUGAGUCUUGAAAAUUGAUGUGUCAACUUUUUAUGCUUUAUGGCAAAGGGCUGUCGUUAUUUCAAAUGAUUUCCCAUUCAAAGUAGGAGAUGUCUUACUCUCAAUAGAAGGGGUGAAUAUUUUUCAAAAUCUCCCCCCUCCCAACAUUUAUCUCUUUUAAACGUUAAUAAUAACUUGGAAAAUUCUAGACCGAAAAAAAAUAUCAGGAAUUUGAAGCUGUGAAAUAUUUCUCAGAAUCUCAUCGUUCUCUUCUUCUUCGGAUUCUUCUAGAACAUCUUCCAAUUAUCAAUCUCAACCGACAUUAAAAGCUAGCUAUUUCCUAUUUUAAGAUUGUAGAUUUUUAAG